AUGAUGCAUGUUGAUAAUGAUCUUCCAGGCGUGUUCUUUAUUGAUGGUCCAGGUGGAACUGGAAAAACAUUUUUGUACAUUGCCUUGCUUACUGAAAUUCGGUCACGUGGUCUUAUUGCUCUCGCAACAGCUUCAUCAGGUGCAGCGGCUAAUAAUAUGCCAGGAGGUAGAACGGCUCACUCGAGAUUCAAGAUUCCUCUUAAUCUUGAAAAUAAAUCAAUGUGCAAUAUCAAAAAACAGAGUGGGGCCGCUAAACUGAUUCGGGCUACCAAAAUAAUCAUAUGGGAUGAAGCGUCGAUGGCUAAACGACAGGCGAUAGAGGCAGUCGAUCGUACAUUCCAAGACAUUAUAGGUGUUAGUCUCCCAUUUGGUGGAAAGAUAAUGGUUAUGGGAGGUGACUUCAGACAAGUGUUGCCUGUUAUUAAACGUGGCACUCGAGCACAGAUUGUAGACUCCAGCGUACGAAUGUCACCUCUUUGGUCUUUGACUAAGAAGAUGCGGUUGACCAUAAAUAUGAGAGCGCUAAAAGAUCCAUGGUUUUCUAAAUUUCUUUUAAGGGUCGGCGAUGGAACUAAAGAACCAAUCGAAGGAAACUAUAUCCGCAUACCCGAUGACAUGACAAUUCAGUGCAACAACAGAGAAAAUGCUAUAAAAGAAUUGAUCCAUCCAUCUUUCCAUCAAUUGAAGAUAAUGUAUAUUCUUUAG